AUUCAUUUGUAUUUAAAUAAUAAUUAAAUUUAUUAACUAUAUCAUUGAAGAAUUUUUUUCGGAACUUUAGAUGUAUUGGUACUGACUGAUAACCAUAAAACCAUUCCUAGAUCUUGUGUUAAAAAUUUUAUCUCUUUUUUUAACAAUAGUGCCAAAUUUAACAAGUUUCUCACACCAGAUGGAAGCAAACAAUCAGCAAAAAUGGCUGCAAGAAAGCUUAUGAAGUAUUUGUCCGGAAAGGAAAUGAGAGAUUGGCUCACAAGCACACAUUUUUGGGGACCUUUUGCAACUUGGUCAAUUCCUAUAGCUGCUAUUGCAGAUACACAAAAAGAUGCUAGUUUGAUCAGUGGGAAAAUGACUUUUGCUUUGUUGAUGUAUUCUUCUAUUUUCAUGAGAUUCGCGUGGAAAGUGAAUCCACGUAACUUACUUCUAUUAUCUUGUCACUUUACUAACACGUGUGCCCAACUAACUCAAGGAACAAGAUUUUUGAAAAAUAAGUACAGCAAAACAGAUGUCUAGAAAAAAAAAUUACCGAAAUUUUUAAAAGUGGUAAAAAUUCAUACUCUAGUCUUGAAUACUCACUGGUCAUACUUGUUUAUUAUAAAUGAACAAUUCCUUUUAAUAAUGUUGUAUAGAAUAUUUUAAUUUACUAUAAAUGUAUGAAAUCUAGUCAUCUGCACUUGUAUUAAAAUAUAAUACAGAUUUUGCUCUUUU